AUGGGUGAUGCUGUUCGGAACGCAGCAAUGAGUCGCUCAGGCUAUAUGGGUUCAGCUCGGAAAGACAAUGCUGAAGAAGUGGCUAAACGACGGGCAGCUAUACAACAAGAAAUCGAACAGAGGCAGAAAUUGGCAAGAAAACUGCAAGAUGAAAAAAUGGCUCGAGCUGUCGCUCAAAAAGAAGGGCAUCUGUUAAAACAGCGGAAAGCUCAGCAGCGGGAAAUGUUACGAGCAAAAGCGGUUUUGGAUCGUCGCGCUCAAGCUUUGGCAGAAAAAGAGAAGGAGAAGAAGGAAGCUCUGUUAGCGAAAACGCAUGCAUUGGCGUCACAUUUUAUAGCACAACAUAAAUCACGACCAUAUGCAUUCGGUAGCAGCACGCCUCGGGAAUUGGAAUAUCUGACACAGCUUAGUAAGGAGCAAAAGGUUUAUGAUCACAAACUCAUGCCUUCUGAUCGUAGUUCAGCUGCAGCGUCUGGUUCGUCUAGCCAUGUAACACUGACUCCACCUUAUAACUCACGUAAUUACAUUGGAGCAUCAAUGACAGGAAGCCUGUAUGUUGCUCGACCAGACUUAAAGGCACGUCAUAAGCACACAUCAAAUUGCAUGACGCAGUCUAUGAUGAUUACGCCAAAACCAAUCAAGACUACGAAAAUCAACCAAACACCCGUUCAUCGCCAAUCUAUGGUACAGCAUCCAAUAACUGCUACUAAGACAGCAUCAUACAUCUUGAAUGAAGUACCAAUUAGAACAAAAAAGCUUGUUCAACAACAUGUGUCUCCAUUGUAUGGGCAGAAACCUCGAACGGUUCAAUCUAAACCUUCUGAAAUGAAGACUGAUACUUUGAAAGCUAAGCCUGUGUCUGUGUCGAGGAGAAUACAUAAGUCAGCUGAACAAGUAAUGAAGUCAACAACAAAUAAUGAAGUUAACACUGAAGUUGUAUUGGGAAAGUCGCUUGAUGAUCAGAUGAGUAAAACACUCGUAAUUCUGGAAGAUUAUAGCAAAGUUCAAGUUGACAUAGCUACUACGGAAGUUAAAAAUACUGUGGAUAUAAAAGAAGUCAUAAAUUUAGUUCCUGAUACCAAUAGAACUAAAAAGUUAGAUGGAGAAUGCGUUGCAAUGGAAGUUUCUGACGAAAAAGAAAGGGUGGAACCUGCCGAUUAUGUAUCUGAAAUAGUGAAAAGUGAUAUGCGGAACGAUGAUGAUCAUAAGGGUAUGAAAGAGAAGAUAAUUCAUGAAAGUGCACUAGAUUGUACAACAGAAGCUACAGUUGCUGAAGAUGUUCUUCUGCUUGACCUUUCAUCAGAAAGAGGUAAUUCUGUAAAUGAGACGAAGACGGAUACUCCAGCAGUAGUUACGAUGAUUAAUAUGUUCGUUGGUAAGGAAGCAGGAAUGUGUGAAAAGCAAGAGAAGGAAAAUGAUGUUCUGAAGGAAACCCUAGUAGAACUGCGAGGUACUAUGAAAAUAUCAGAAAGAGAUCACGAUGACUCUCUCACAGUGUGUCUAGAUUCAUCGCAAAUUAAAGCUGUUGAUGAAGAACGAGGAAAUCUAGGAAGCACAGCAAAGGUAUUCGCAGAGAAGGAAUUACUGGCUAUGAAUGAAAGACUUCCUGAAACUGAAGGAGAUAGCAGACAGGAAGAAGUAGCCAUUCAGAAACCUUGCGAAAUAACAGAAGAUGAGAAAAAAAGCAACGCCUUUGAAGCAGACAAAAACUUUACCAAAGAACAGAUUGAAUCAUCGACUCAGAAUAAUUCAGCGCUGAAGGGAGAUGAAAUAAAAACUGUUGCAGAAGAUUUGAAAUUGUCAGAAGAGAAAAAUUCAGUAGGAGAGAAGCGUCGAAUUCAGGAUGAACUUUUAGAGAGAGAGCAACGCGAACGUGAGAUGCGGAAAGCUAAGCUGGCAUCUAUUAUGAGCCGAACACGCGGUGGUACGUCUUCAGUGGCCGUAGUUCCACCAGUUCUCCAUAUUGAGAAUUCUGAGAUUGGAACUCUGAAACAUGGGACUGGUGUUCCUUUAUCGAAUGAAUAUACGCCAGUGAAAAAUGCUCUCAGUCAUACGACGGCUUCUGUUCUGCAGAAGCUAGCUACAACAAAUCCUAAAUUGUUAUCUGUGCUGCAGCGCAACGGCUCCAAUCAAUCAUUAGCUGAUGAAUUGUCUGAAGCUGAUCCGUCAAUGUCAAUAACACUUCCAGGUCAACCUGUUGAGGCGAUUGCCAGUCACGAAGGUUCUUCUACAGUACGACAUUCGCCUUUCGAGCCCGAUGUUAAUCAUCGACCUGUUGCUAUGAAAUAA